AUUUCGACCCUAUAAACAUGAGUAGUUGGGCUUAUAUUCCAGGGUUCGACCUUCCGAGUGUCAUAUUUUAUCUACAGUAUAUGCGAAGUAGAGAGAGUGGAAGAUGGUGAUUGUGAAGGAAGAAGCUCACUGCAGAAGAGUGCGUGUGUUCCGGUGGAACGAAAAGCUUCGCAAGAACAGAAUAUCUGAGUCUGAAGGUCUGUUGGUCUACUUCAUCACCAGCAAAUUCACUACCAUCCACCGCGAUACCGAUAUCGAAAUCAAAGAUGACAGGUUACGGAGAGCAAUACGAUUCGAUGUCAAAGGGUUGCUCUCUCACCAUUCCAUCAAGUCACUGCCUCACACCGUUCUCUCGGCCACCAAACAGUUCCUACCAGAGACCAUUCUACCAUUAGGCGAUGAAAUCUCAGACUAUCUUCUCAAAAAUUACAAUUUUUGCACCAAGAAUAUUCUUGGCCCCAAUUUGCCCAAAAUUGUGAUCGUGACUGAAAUUUAUCGAAUCCGAACCGUUGAUCACACCGACAUCGAUCUCAAUCUUUCUCCUAUAGCGUCGAUGUCACCUCCUACCCCACCUAGGCUGGGAUACGACUACGACCCCGGAUCUGACUCGGACUCGUCGGGGUUUUCGGAUUUCGAGAUAGAUCACGAUGCGGAGAAAGUAGAGGAUGAUCCAUAUGAUAGUUACAGCGUAGACGUGGAGUUGUAUUUGUGGAUUAUAAGAGAAUUUUUGGGCGAAAAGGGGUAUUUUCCGACAAGAGGCGUUGCGAUUGACGAACCAAUAGGGUUUGUUAAAGUUGAACCCUUGCAGGGUGAGGAAGAGGAGUUUAUUGAGGGUGAUAAAUGCGCGAUUUGUCUUGAUGAAUUAACGACUGCCACGAGGAUCACUAGAACAACCUGCUCCCAUGUUUUCCAUACCAGGCUUGGCGAGGAGAAUGUAGGUUACCGGCAUUUGUACUUCCCAAUGUUAAAGCUGAGUAUUGUUGGUGGAAGGCCAUUUCCUUGUGGGGGUGGGCAGUUGUUCUGAAAAGGCUUCUGGCUGCAAGGUUAGUGGUGUUAAAGCAAGUUCUGUUUGAAUGUAUAUUAAUUUUCUGCAUGAUCUCACUUGGAUAUUAAGUGGUGGCACUUGUCCUGUACCUGGUUUCCUUUCAUUUUUUUGUGAGUAACUAUUCCUCUUUCCUUUUCUUAAAUCCCUUCCAUUUAUCUUGUAAGUUGUAAUAA